AUGAGCCGCAUGGAGAGCUUGGCUGCUGUGGCGCGCCCUGAAGAGGUGCCUGAUGAGCCUACGGAAGAGGAGAUUGCUGCGAUGAACGAGCUGGAUCGUGAGGCGAUGCAGCUCGACUCGGAAGUCAUUACCGAGGUGCAUAUCGACGGCAUGGUCCUCAUGAAGAUCGUGAAGCACUGCAAGGACAACCACGCGAGCAACGGCGCGAACGCGUGGGGCGCUUUGCUGGGUGUGGACGUCGGCGGCACGCUCGAGGUGUCCAAUGUGUUUGGUCUGCCCGGCGCGCGCGACCGCAGCGACGAGGAGGAGCGCAGCACCAAGGGUGCCAUGCAAUACAUGGGCGAGAUGCUCAAGCUCCUGCGCCAGGUGAGCGCGGACGUGAACCCGGUCGGGCUGUACCAGGGUUGCUUCUUGGGACCCUUUCUCAACUCGGCCGUGGUCGAGGGGCUGAACACGCUCUCGCUGCUGAUGGAGCGCGAGGGCAACCAGGGCCGCGGCAAGGCCGUGCUGCUCGUGCACGACUUUGCGCAGCUCGCGCAGGGCAAUACGGCCGUGCGUGCCUUCCGCCUCUCGUCGUCGUUCGUCGACGCGUACCGCAAGGGCAAGAUGACGGUGCAGAACCUCACCGAGCACCGCCUCACCUUUUCCAACAUCCUCGUGGAGAUCCCGGUCGAGCUGCACAACACCGCGCUGCUGAAUGCGUUCCUCACCACGCUCACGACCGAGGCGCCGGAGCCGACGCGCGUCGUGCCCCGCACCAGUAAAGAGGCGCUGCACGCGCCGCCGAACGAGGCAGUGCCGCCGAACUACAUGGACCUCAACCUGGCGCUCGAGCCGGUGCUUGUCUCGAGCGUCGAGACCACGCUCGAUACCAUGGAGACGUACGCGGCGGAGGCCGGCAACGUCGGCUACCAGGCGCGCCAGGUCGCGCGCGAAAAGGGACGCGCCGACGCGUAUGUCCAGCGCAAAAAGGCCGAGAACGCCUCGCGCGAAGCCGCGGGCCUCGCGCCGCUCCCGAUCGAGGACGUGAGCAAGAUGUUCAAGAUCCCGGCAGAGCCCAACCGCCUCGAGAGCAUGCUCCUGCUCAACCAGCUCUCGCACGCUGCGGGGCGCCUCUCCGAGACGGCGGCGGUAGGUGCCGUGCAGCUCGAUGCGGCACGGACAAGUACGGCAUAG